AUGGAGAAUGAAUCGCUUAAAGAGCGUAGGUUGGCUGCACUAUGUAAACGAAUGGGGCAAAUGUGGUCAGAGGAUUUCGUAGCCAACGUGUUUGAAGAAAUUCCUGAGGACAAAUGGAAGGCUUGUAAUCUCACAUUGCUAGGGAAACUAUUCUCCAGGCCUAAUGUAAACUUUCCGGCUUUUUUAUCCACAAUGAAGAAGGCUUGGAAAACUGAAAAUGUAGUGUGUGAGGUAGUGCAGUCGGGCCUAUUUUCGUUCACUUUUAGAGAGGAAGCUGAUUUGAAAAGAGUCUUGGAUGCCAGCCCUUGGUGUUUCUCGGGGAACCUGCUUAUUCUACAGAAAUUACAACCAAAGGUACCUAUCCACAAGCAUGUCUUUACUCAUUGUGCAUUUUGGGUGCAAGUGUUGGGAAUUCCGAUAAUUCGAAUCACUGAAAAGACAAUGCUGGAGGUGGUCGGGAAGAUAGGCAAGGUGGUGGAAUUGAAGAUAGAUGGCAAAGAUGGCAGUCCGUGUAAAGUGGGCAGAGCGCGAGUAAUGCUAGACCUAUCACGCCCCCUAUGGCCAGGAGCAUUGGUGAAUUUUGAUGAUGAUCAAAUAUGGGUGGACUUUAAGUACGAGAGGCUUCCUUACUAUUGCUAUUCAUGUGGCCGAAUAGGUCAUUAUGCCACAACCUGUGAGGAAAUCCCUUAUGAGGAACCAAAGCCGGGGGAGGAAGUAGCUGGAAACUUCGGAUUUUGGCCGAAAGCGGAAGCAAAGGAAAAUAGCCCUUUCGGAAAAUGUAUUACGGAUGAGAUACCAAAUGAGGAGCAGGAAAUAGUUGAGGAAACUCCACCGCUAGCACUAAGAAGAUCCCGACCAGUCGACCGAUAA